UUGUCACAUAUUAGAAAUGUCUAACAAACAAAGUUCUAUCAAAUUUUACAUUGUUUUAAAUUACCUACCUAGAGGUUAAGUUAGAUUGUUUUUAUUUAUAUUUACAUAUCGGACUGAUUUACUUGAUAUUCAAAAAACAAUAGAAUUGUAGUCAGAACAUAAACAAUGAAUAUAAUCAGAAACGCUAAUAUAAAAAGUAUAUACGAAAAUGCAAGUAACUUGCAGUUUUGGGAGGACUAUCUGAAUAACCUAAAGUCCUUAGACUUUAGCGUGUACAGCGAUAAGUUGACCGUACCAACUCUUGUUCCCAUUGGGAAUAAAAUACUUUUUAGAGGAUAUUUAAAACAUACGAAUGAAGUCACAGUGUCCUUGGGUGCUGAUUACUUUGCUAAAUGUUCCUUGAAGCAAGCAGAAAUCCUACGUCAACAUAGGAUUAAAGAUGCACAGUCUAAAGUUGACAUAUAUACAAAGGAAAAAGAAUAUCUUGAAAAUCAAUUACUAUUCAAAAAUAAUGUUAAAGAAAAUGUUGGUCAAGAAAUUAUAGAAGUACAUACAGAUGAAGAGGACAAAGCCUGGAGGGAGAAACAUAGCCAAAAUGUAAGAAACUACAAAAAACAACAAAAAGCUCAUAAUGAACAAAUGACUGGUGAUGUAACUGAUGAAGAACUAUGGUACAGAUUAGAAGAAUUAGAAUUACAAGAGGAAUUAGAAAAUCAAAUGCUACUUGUGGAUGAUACAAAAAAUAGUGAAAAUUUUAAUAAUUCACAAAAGUCAUUAAUAACAAAGGAAUCAGAUGUAUCAUCAGAUGUGUUAUCAGAGUAUACAGAACAGAAAGAUAAUACAGAACAAACUGCAAAACACAAUUAUAAAAUAUCAGUCGAUCCAAAAACAACUCCACAACAAACAUCAAAAUUGGAUUUAUUGCAACAAGUAUUAGAUAAACAAACAGAAUUGGAACAGAAGCUCACAGAAUUGAAGUGCAAGGAAAGGACUGAAACAAAGACGGAGCAAGAUUUAAUUGCAAGGUUAGAUGAAAUGGACGCCCUCGAGGAACUCGAAGAUGAAAUAGACCGAUUGGAAAAUAAUAUUUUGGAAGCAAAUGGUUUUGAAAGUGAUGGAAAGGAUGUUGCUACUACAAAAUCUGCUACAGUUAAAAGGGGUGUUUCAUUUGCUGAUGAAGAUGAUAGUGAAACAAUAGACAUUGUUUUCAAACAUAGUACAGUUGAACCAUCUAAAGAACCCUACAAUCCUGACAAUGGUAUGAAGAAACCUAGUGACAUCUACUAUGCUUAUCCAAACCUUUUUAAUGAAACUACAUCUAUUCUCAAAAAAACAAAAUAUGACUCUAAUAUGGAUUAUGAAGGUGAAACAAGAAAUAUUAAUAAUGUAUCAGUAGCUGAAUCUAAUCAGAUACCUAUAAAUAAAACUAUAGUUGUCAGUGAUAUUAUAGAAAGAACAGACCAGCAUGAUAAUAAAUUACAAAAUGAGAGUCGGCCUACAAGUCUUUUUAGGAAAAAAAGACUACAAAAUAAAUCUUCGCAAGCCUAAUUCAAACAUGUACUAUGUGAUAAGAUUAAAUGCAAAUCCAAAUCACCAGAAAAGUAAUUUUAAUGUAUAUAAAAUUACAUGUACCGCUAAUUCUAUAAAUAAAUAUUAUGAACAAAUAAAAA